GUGUGACCUCCGGACAUGCAAAACGCAUGCAGCAAACGCCUACACCCGUUUUCCUUUCCAAUGUAUUCAUCGAUCUCCAAUUUGGUAACAAAUAUAUUCAUCAAUCUCCGAUGAAAUUUCGACCCUCUGGUAUCAACACCUUGAUACCGUGAGCUUAUGGCGUGACUGUUUUUUUCCUGAUUAUCGUCUUGAGGACAACCAACGCGAGACGACAAAAAUAUGGGGAACUUUACCUCCACCAACCCCCAUUACUCGGUGCUUAACUUGGAUCAGCAACAAGACGUUCGCAUCGCGGAGUUAACUGCUUCAAGUCUGAGCGUCCUCGGUUCUGGGUCCAUUAUCAUAGCUGUCAUUUUGAAGAGGAAAGUCUUGAAUCCAGAGGUGUACCCAUUGUUCCACCUCUCUCUUGCUGAUCUGCUAGCCUCCAUCUUUGUCAUUGUAAGUCUCAUUAUUUUCGGCCAGACAUCAGAGGACGGCGAUCGAUCUUCUGCAUGUGCCUGGACAUCGAGCCUAGCUUGGGGCUUAUACCUUACCACUUUCCUGCUUACGCUUAUCUACGCGUUUGAAGCUUACCGAAGAACAGUGGACCAACUUGCACAACUUGUAUCGCCGUACUAUAGUAAAGAACCGACAUACAGUUGUACACCAUGGUACCUUCCCGUAGCGUACACCAUAGCCUGGGUUAUGCCUUUACUAUCGCUUGCAGUGUGGCACGCUACACAACACACAGAAGCGCAGGUUUUCAAAGUCUGCAAGAGAUAUAACUAUGAAUGUCUCGUGAUAUUCCAUCGGAAAAAUGAUCCUUGCCUGGACAGGAGUGAUGUCGGGGUCGGAGGACGCCUUGCCAUGAAGUCGUUCUUCAUCACAUCAUUUUUCCUUUGCAGCAUCGGAAUCGUAGUGUUUUACUACCUGACGCAUAAAGCAGUUACCCUGAGCCAGCAUUCCUCGGGCGUGGUCAGCCACAAACAGUACGAGGCAGCCAAGAGAAUCAGGAACCGUGGAAUACUGUACUGCGCAGUCUUCAUCAUCUGCUGGUUGCCAGCCUCCAUCGUAGGUAUCAUCACCUACACCGAGGUGGCCAUCACAGAGAACCUGAUCGUGCUCUUCAUGAUGCAAGGCUGCAUAGCCAACCUACAGGGUUUCCUCAAUUGCCUCAUCUAUGGCUGGAUACGAGGUGGCUUCAAGAGCGCCCUCAACCUGUACAACGUGCGAGGCGACCGGGAGUCCUUCAGCCACCGUGACAAGAAAAAACGGCGGUCGCUGAUGAACUACAAAACGUUCACGGUGUACACGGACGAUGAGUAUGACACGCUGAGCGAUCCGGAGAUCAACAAGUCUAGGCGGCCCUCACCCGCUGAAGAGGUGCACGUCAUGUAGGACUAGGAGCAAGUUCGAUCGAGAACAACUGGUUAAUCAGUGGUAGACGCGUGACGUACUUUGCGCAUGCUGACCAAUGAUUAUCAAUGUGAUAACGUUUCUAGUACAAGCGAUGGUAAACGCUCUAUAACUAAACCCUUCAGGCUCCCUGAUGUAUAUAAUGAUCUACGCGGCUGUUGGUUACCAGCGAUUUGAACAACUUCGGUUGUCCGGUUGUUCGGUCUCCAAAAUGUUGAACAUUAUCUUAACAAGUCUAGCCAUCGUUGACUAGCGUGGGUUCGAUAAAAAUUAUUAAAAAUAAUGGCUAUCCACGGUUCUUGUUCAAAUUUGCUGUAGGUUGAGCAUGAACAGCAUUUUAAUGGAGCAGUUGCCUUUGGCUAGUCUGAGUAUCACCCGUUAUCCACGGAGCCAAGUCUUGUAUAACAUCUGUUCUAAACAUGCAGAUAUAAUAUAUCUGCAAGCCGCGCGCCUGUCAAUCGGAGUCGACUUUACUAAAUCAUGACCCCAUUUCAUUUUCAAAUCAGGACUAAUGGUUUG